AUGGGUGAUCCGGUGAGCUGGGGAAGCAAAAAGCAGUCAAGUGUGUCGCUGUCAACAAGUGAAGCUGAGUGCAUUGCAUUAAGUCUGGCUAUUCAAGAAGGCAAGUGGGUGCAUCGAUUGCCAUGCGAGAUUCUGGAUGCCGCAGAGGACAAGUCUGGACCCGAGCUCAAGAUCAUGGAAGACAACCAAUCGUGCAUCAAGAUGACGAAGAAUCCUGUGAACUAUGGUCGGGCCAAGCACAUCGACUCUUGUGGUCCAAUGGAAGUCGACUCGCUAGGUGGAAGCAAGUACUUGCUACUGACCGUAGAUGAAGGCAGCGGAUGCAUGAAGGGUUUCAGUCUGCGCGCCACGUCUGACAGCGAAGAGUGCAUCAAGAAGUACAUCGUGGCAGUACAGACGCAGUUUGACUACAAGGUCAAGUUCGUUCGCCACGAUGGUGCACGCGAAUCCACGGCAAAUUCGCUCAAGGCAUUUUACGAUGAUCAACGAAUCGAGCAGCAAGUUACCGUUCCAUAUGCGCAUCAGACCAACGGCACGGCGGAACGGGCAAUUCGGACCAUUGUGACGAUCGGGCGCAGCAUGCUUCACUACGCCAAGCUGGACAAGUUUUUUUGA